GUGGAGCCUGUUUACUUAUUGGCACAGGAAUCAAUUACAAGAAAGCUCACAAGUCCAUCACCGAAAAGACAAAAAAAGAAGAAGAGGAAAAACAAUACCAUUGCAAGGAGAGCAGAGGGAGAUGACAUCGCCAAGCCUGACGACAUACCGGCACGCUGUAGUUCAUCCGGGUGCAGGCAGGAGGAUCGUAGCAUGCAGUGGCAUCAAGGUGACGCCGAUCAGAUCAGGAGGGGAGAGUUCAACAUCAAGAUCAAGGAAGAAUUGUGUUAUGAAUGUCUCGUUGUCGUCGUCGUCGCCGCCGCCGCCGCUGCCGCGAGCGAUCACCACUUGCUCUCUGAAGCCUCCGCCUUCGCACCGCGGCAAGGCGAAGGACAGGAAGAAGAUCAAUCCCAGAGACCUCUUCACCUUCUCCUACAGGUUCAACACUGACAUCCCCAUGGGUGAAACUCCAGGGGCUUCCAUUGACGAUUACCUCAAUAACAGGCCCAGGAUCGUUGGAGCCGUGUUCCCUGAUAAGCGCAAGCGAACCAAACUCAACGAUGAGGAGUGGAGCGUGCAGCUGCUCCCGAUCCAGUUCCUCUUCCUGUCGGCGUCUCCGGUGAUCGCCAUCCGCUUCGUCUUCAAGUCCGGCGGCAAGGGUUACCCGCCCCACGUCCCCCUCCGCGCCACCAGCCUCCUCCUCAUGGAAGUCACGGACUACAAGCUGAAGGGACUGGAGAGCGAGGCGAUGCCGCCGCACCUGGCGCUGACGGUGCGGGGGGCGCUGUACCCGCAGCCGGAAGGGAGGCGGAGCCUGAGGGGACACGUGGAGAUGAGCGUCGGCUUCAACCUCCCGCCCGUGCUGGCGCUGGUGCCGCCGGGCAUCAUCCGGGGCGUCGGCGACACGGUGCUCAGGCAGCUCGGGGAGCAGAUGAAGCACGACUUCGACAAGGGCCUCGCCGCGGACUUCAAGAAGUACACCAGGGAGAAGCUAACCGACAAGAGGACUAGACACUGACUUGAUCUCCUUUCCUUUCACCGCCCAGAAACAACAGUAGCGAUAGAAGUGAGUAGUAAAUUUUACAUAAGAUUCUUUUGGAUCUCAUCGCAUGAUCAAAAAGAUAGCACGCACACAAAUAGCGUCGCGUUAUUUCAUCAGUGCGAUGGUGGAGCAUGAGUGAGAGGUUAAAAGAAGUUAGGAUCUCAUUUGUUCACUGUAAAUAUUGAAGUAGUACAAUAAUAUUUACAUGAAUAUUCAUUCAGCCUUACCAUUGAA